AUGUCGGCGAGCUCCAGCUGCGGCACAUCGGGCCCCAUGGAGUUGCCACAGCCCGAGGAGGCGGACUCCGCGGGCCAGCUGUGCGCCUGCCAGCGGCUCGACAGCGACGGCUCCGCGGGCGCGGCGGGCUCCGUGGGCUCCGCGCGGCAUGCCGGCGAGGCCGAGGGGGCCGAGCCGCCGCUGGCCGACGAAGCCGAGCCCGUCAGCGACGGGCCCGCGACCGAGGUCUGGGACUGCCGCGCCCAGCAGAGCCAGAUGAGCUUCGACAGUCCUGGGUUGUUUGCCAGCACGCCGGUUCACAGCGUGGACCUCCACCCGAACCAGGUCGAGCUGGUCGCUGGCGACGACCAGGGUCGGGUUCACGUGUGGGACCUGGUCAGCGGCCGGGUGCGGCGCAUGAUGAUUCCGCAGGACAUGCGGACCGGCGGCGCUGGCGGCGUGGAGACCGACGCCGAACCCGACACCCUACCCGAGUCCCUACCCGACCCCGUGCCCGACGCCCCACCCGACGCCCUACCCGACGCCGUCCCAGACGCCUUUCCCGUCGCCUUGCCCUCCGACGGCCGUCCCGACGCCCCUCCCGGCGUCCCCCCCUUCGCCUUCCCCGACGCCUUUCCAUAG